AUGGCGGUAGUCAACAAUCCGAAGGAGGUACUCGCCAUGUUGGACUGCAUCGACUCAAUGGUUGAUGUGCUGGCGUAUCUUCACGAAUCACGACGAAAGCGUCGCACAUACGUCCGUCCAGAGCAUGUACCCUUCCUGGAAACGCGAUUCCGCGACUUCGAUGAGUAUCUCUCCUCGCAAACGCCUGAGGCGUUUCUCGAGUACACAAGGCUGACGCCUGAAGAAUUUGAGGGCUUGUUUGAACAUAUCGGCGGUCGGCUUCAUCAUGCUUCUACUCAUGCUGCUCCCAUUGGUGCUCGACAACGAAUGUGUGUGUAUUUGAGGUGGGAGGGAGUAGAACUUUGGCUUGAAGUUGCUAUUAUAAACCAAUGUCUGCGGGUGGAAAGUCUGGUUUGCAAACUCCUUUUGGGUUUCAGGAAAUUUUCUUGGUUAGAAAGGCCAUAG